UCUCUGGCUGAGAGUCCCUGAGGAAGGGACAGGACUGACGCGCUCACCUCCUCUCCUGCCAAAAACCUUGUCUGCCUGGAAAGAAGUCUAAUCAGAUUAAAGAGGCAAACUUUUCUCCUUUUUCUGCGUCCGCUGGAAAGGAAAGAAAGGAAGGAUCAAUGUUCAAUUUGGGAAAAUUAUAAAUCUUUGCCUGAGUUAAUCCUAUUUUCUUGGAUUUAAAAUAGCAACCAUGAGCGCUGAGGAAAACUCUGACCCUGACUCCAACAAGCUGGAGUCAGUGAUACAGCGGCUGGGGGAGAGCGUCCUGUCUGAGGAGAAGAGGCUGACCAUCCGGGGCCCCUCACCUGACGCCCCCCCUACAUGUCUGCCAGCAAGAGUUCGAGAGAUAGUCACCAAGAACCUCAAUGAUACUGGAGCCAUGUCCUCCGUCAUGUCCCUUCAGGAGGAGAACAGGGUGCUGCAGGGAGAGCUGGCCAGACUGGAGGACCUGCUGGCCCACAGCAGAGCCGAUCGGGACGAGCUCGCCAUCAAGUACGGAGCCAUCAGCGAGAGGCUGGAGCAGGCGCUGCGGUUCGAAACAGGAGAGGGCGACCACGACUCCCCGGAGUCCCGCAGCCUUGCUCAGCAGAACGUGGAUCUGCGGCGGCGUCUGGACGAAGAACAGGCGGCCUACAAGCGUAAACUCACAGCUUAUCAGGAGGGGCAGCAGAGGCAGGCCCAGCUUGUGCAGAAGCUGCAAGCGAAGGUGCUUCAGUACAAAAAGAAAUGCGGAGAUCUCGAACAGAUGCUUCAGGAGAAAUCCUCCGAGCUGGAGAAACACAGUAUCUGUGGAGAAACCUCAAACGGUCGGCAUCGGGAUGAGGCGAGCAACAACCUGGAGGAAGCUUUAAUCCGGCUGGAAGAAGAACAGCAGAGGAGCAGCAGCUUGGCUGCGGUGAACGCCAUGCUGAGGGAGCAGUUGGAGCAGGCAGGUUUGGCCAACGAGGCCCUGAGCCAGGACAUCCGAAGGCUGACUGUUGACUGGACCAAAGCCCGGGAGGAGCUGGAACAGAAGGAGUCAGACUGGAGGAGAGAAGAGGAGUCUUUCCACAGCUACUUCAGCAGCGAGCACGGCCGGCUGCUGAAGCUGUGGAGACAAGUGGUCGGCUUCAGGAGGCACUUCUGUGAGAUGAAGAGUGCAACUGAAAGGGACUUGUCAGACAUGCGUUCUGAGCUGACCCGGAUCUCCCACUCAGCUCGGGUGUCCUGCUCCGGCCUGUCCGCCUCAGUGGACAGUCGGGUGGCGGGAGAGAAGGCUUUGAGGACUGAGCUGGAGCAGCAGCUGAGGAAUCGAGUGGUGGAGAUGAUGAACCUUCAGAGCAGAGCCGAUGCAGAAAGGAGUGAGUUGAAUCUCAGGUUGUCUGAUGUAGUGCGAGAAUGUGAGAGACUGAAAGGCCAAAUUCAGGAGAGAGAUGGUGAAAUCUCUGUUUUGACAAGGAAGCUCCAGGAGGAGAGUUGCAGUGAGGACACUGAUGCGCAGCAGGUCAGAGCUCACUCCGAGAUGCUGCUGGACACGCUGCGGGACAUCGCUCAGACGGUUCUUUCAGACGGGGAGUCAUCAUCGGAGGCAGAUCAGGACAGCUCUGCAGCUCCGUUCCUGGCGCUGAUCCGCGACGCCUCCCCUCGACUUUCCUCCCCUCCUUCUAAGCUGGCGGCUUCUUCUCAAGCAUCCUCGUUGUCUUCUCUGUCUGACGCAGCUAUGUCUGCUCUCCGCUCAGCGGUCACCAACAAGACGCUGCAGCUGCAGGAUGCCAGAGGUCGUCUGCUCUCUGCCCAGUCUUCACUACAACAGCUUCGAAAGCAGCUCUCAGAAUGUGAUUCGGCCCGACGAGACAUGGAGCAGCGAAACCAGGUGCUGCAGCGAGAAAAGGAUGCAGCUCAGAGAGAGAGGGAGUCCGCCCAGAAAGAGAAAGAGCGCCUGAAACAAGAGAGGGACAUGCUGGCCAGGGAGAAGGUGAAGCUGGAGAAUAGUGUCCAGGCGGCGGAGAGCAGCAGCCAGAUUGUCCAGAUGGAGAGGGAGAAGCUUCAGCUGGCUGUGUUGGCUGCUCAAAGAGAACGAGAGCAUGAGAGAGAAGAGAAGGAGAUCGCCCUUCAGGAGAGAGACCGAGCCAAAGCCGAGACUCUGAGAAUACAGAAGCAGUGGGAUCAGAGUGAGAGUCGAGCUUCAGCUCAGCGUGGAGAGUUAUCUGUGGUGAAGGAGACCCACCAGCAGGGGGAGGUUGAGAGGCAGCUUCUGGAGCGAGAGAAGGAGCAGCUGUCUGAAGCACUGGCUCGGGCCAAGAGCAGCAUCACAGAGCUGUCCCUACAGCUCAGCAAGCUGCAGUCUGAGGAUGCAGCUCUCAGGGACUCUGUGGUAAAGAUGGGCAGUAUGAAUGAGGUCCUGGCCCAGGACAAAGUGGACCUCAACAACUACAUCCUAAAGCUUGAGGAGGAGAAGUCCCUCCUGCUGACUCAGAAGCGUGAGGCGGAGCAGGAGAAGUUGACCAUUAGGGACGAGCUGGUCCGUCUGGAGCAGGACCGACUGGAGCUGCAGUCAGCCCGCGUCUCUCUGCAGCAGGCGCUGCAGGACACGGAGCAGAGCCGGGCUGGGAUGGAGACUGAGCUGCGCAGUCUCAGAGCGGAGAGGCUCAAAAUGCAGGAGAAGGUGGCCCAGCUUUGUGCCGAGGUGGCCUCCCUGGGCUCUGAGUUGAGCCUGGCUCAGGGGGAGGGCCAGAAGAACGAGGUGGCGUUGGAAGAAGCCGGCCGAGGUCAAGCGGAGCUGGCCCGGGACAAAGCAGCUCUGGUGGUCCAGCUGACAGCUUCUGAACGAGAAAACACUGUGCUCUCAGAGGAACUGGCAGCUUUCAGGUCUGAGCGGGAAUCCCUGGAAACGAGUCUGUUUGAGGCACAGCAGCAGCUGGCUCAGGUUGAAUCCCGCAGAGAUCAGCUGGAGGCUGAGAAUCAAUCCCUGAGGGUCCGCUGCGAGACUGCUGCAGCUGAGCUGAAGCGAGCACGUUCAGAUGGAGACAAUGCCCUGGCCCAAGCCGAGAGAGAAAAACAGAUUCUAACUCAGACCCUAAAUGCUGCACAGCUGGAGGCUCAGCAGGCUCUACGUAAGGCCACCUCUGAACACCAGGAGGAGGUGGAGAGGUUGGUUUCAGAGAAGGAGGUUGUGCGUCACAGUCUGCAGAUGGAGCAUGAAGCUGCUCUGAGGAGGCUCAGGCAGGAGAUGGAGGAUCAGCAGCACAGAGCGAAGAGAGACAAAGAGGAUCUGCAGGAGGAGCUGAGGACACUGCAACAUGAUCGAGAUCAGAGUUUGCUGCAGGCAGAGACUGAGAAACAGCAGGCCCUUUCCCUGAAGGAGGCAGAGAAGGCUGUGUUGUCUGACCGGGUGUCCAGUCUGCAGGCUGAGCUGUCGACUGCAGCUCUGGAGGCGGAGCGCAUGGCCAGAGAGGCAGCUCAUCACAAAGAGCAGGAGCAGAUUAGAGUUGGAGCCCUAACCGCUGAGAUGCUUGAGCUCCGCUCUCAGCUGGACGAGGCGGCAUCAGCUCAGCAAAGGGAAGUCCACAGCUUGCAGGAGCUCUGUGCUGAUCUUCGCUCUCGGGCAGAUGUGGCCUACAAAGAGUUGGAGCAGUGCAGAGCUUCUCUCUCAGCCGCAGAGGAGAGCCGAGACAAGGUGAGAAAAGAUCUGCUGGAGGCCGAAUGCCGCUUGAGCCAAAAUCAAGAGACAGCAGAAAACUACAGGAGGGAGGCGAUAGAGCUGCGGCACAGCCUCAGCGACGUCACCAAAGAGAGGGACGCUCUGAGCCAGUCAAACACUCAGCUGAGAGGAACGCUGCGCAGCGCAGAGACCGAGAGGAUCAGUGUGAAACGACAGUGUGAGGAGAAGGAGCAGAGGCUGGCUGUUCUGGAGGAGAACCUGUCAUCCGCUCAGAAGGAAGUGAUGGAGCUGCGCAGCUGCCUGAGAGAGGUCGAAAGGUCACGGCUUGAGGCGCGGCGGGAGCUGCAGGAGCUCCGCCGACAGCUGAAAAUCUUAGAUGCAGAGAAGGAGCAGAAAGAGAGGGAGGUGGCGGAGGUGCAGACCCGUCUGGCUCUGGAGGAGCAACGGGACGAGGAGAGAGGAAAGGAGGUCUUCUGCCUCAAACAGAAGCUGACUGAAGCUGAAACUACCAGAGAUGCCAUCAAGAAGGAACUGUCCCUCACUCAGAGACGACUGACAGAGUCUGAGUCAGGAUGGCGCAGCUGUGAGAGAGAACUGACUGCCCAGCUGCAGGAGGCCCACGGCUGCGAGAAGAAACUCCAGGAUGAAGCCAAGAACCUGUCGCUGCGUGCUCAGGCCGCCCAAGACGCCGCCGCUCAGUCCAGCCUGAAGCUGAGCGAGGCACAGGGCCGGCUGGCCGCCACGGAGGCGGAGCUCACCAGAGCUGAGGCUUCGAGAAGAGAUCUUGAGUUUCGACUAAGCAGCCUCCAGUCGGCGCUGACGCGGACCCUGGGCAUUGGGGCAAGCCGCAGGGGGAGGAGCCCAGGAGGCAGCUCCACGUCACCAGGCAGCAUGUCGCGCCACCACAGCAUCUCGCCGCUGCGCUCCUCACUGUCCCCUCCUAAAGAAUUUCGAGGAAGCACGCCAGACAACACUCUAGGUUCAGGGGCUGUUUCUCCUGAGAGAGGCGACACGCCGCUGCCUCAAUCAGAGCUCGACCCUGACUCCCUAAGAAGCGGCCUCAGAGACUUCCUCCAGGAGCUGCGAGAUGCACAAAGAGAGAGGGAUGAUGCCCGUUGCCAGCUGGGGGUCCUGCAGCGGGAGCUGGAGGAGCUAAAGGAGGAACGAGGCUCUGCUCAGACUCGCCUCUCUCAUCUGCAGAACACUUUGCAGGAUAUGCAAGAAGUGAAGCGUGGCCUGGAGGAGCGCCUGACUACCACUCAGAUUCUUCUGCAGCAACAGGAGGAGGCGGUGAGGAGAGGAGACAGAGAGAGGAGAGCUCUCUCCGACCGCGUGAAAGAAUUAGAACGAUCGCUGCAGGCCUCAGAGAUGGAUAAAAAGCACAUCCAGGAUCAGCUGAACAAGCAGCGAGCUGCUGAGAUGCGCCUGGAGGCCGAGAGGAAGCGCCUCCGGGAGGCGCUAGAGGCGGCUGAAGCUCGGGCAACAAGGGUGGAGUUGGGGAGGCGCAGUCUGGAGGGGGAGUUGCAGAGACUCAAACUGAGUCUGGGAGAUCGUGAAGCAGAGAGCCAGGCGACUCUGCAGCGGCACGACGCUCUCAUCAAACAGGUUGCAGAUGGGGAAGCUCGUGUUUCCCAGCUGCAGAGGGAGGUGGACAGGCUGAGCCAGGCUGUGCUAAAAGCUCAGGAAGGGGAAUCUGUUCUUAAGGAGAAGGCCACGUCACUCAGCCAGACGCUCCAGGAGGUGACAGACUCCCACAGCAGCACGCAGAGCCGCCUGCUCGCCCUGCAGAAGACACUCAGUUCAGCUGAGCAGGACAAAAGGCUUCUACAGGAACGACUGGAUGAAGUACGGGCAGCUUUGGCUGAAGGAAAGAGGAACAUGGCUGCCCUCACUGAUAGUGUGCAGAACCUGCAGAGUGAGCUGAGCCAGAGCGAACUGCGGCGAGAAGAGCUGGAGGUGGAGCUCAGCAGCAGUCAGGAGGCUCUGCGUCAGCGCUCGGCCAGUCUGGUGGAAGCACAGCGGAGUGCCCAGCUAGCACAGACAGAGCGGGCCGUCGUAGAAGAGCGGCUGCGUGCACUGCAGAGAGCAGUGGCCUUGUUGGAGACAGAAAAGAAGGAUGCCGAGAGGCAGGCGGUCAGGCUGGAGAAAGACAAGAAUGCACUAAGGAACACACUGGAUAAGGUUGAACGCCAAAAGCUGAUGUCCGAGGAGGGCAGCAUGAGGCUUUCUGCAGAGAAGAGCCGUCUGGAUCGCUCCCUAAACACAGCAGAGCAGGAACUCCAGGAAGCACAGCAGCAGAUCCUGAUGCUGCAGACCCAGCUGGCUGAGAUGGAGCACUCCCACAGUCUGUGUGAGAGUUUGGUCCAGCAGCGUGACGAGGUUCAACGAGAGGCCGAGAGGAUGAGGAGCAGCCUCCGGGACGUGGAGCGAACGCUGGGCACCAGGGAGCGGGCUCACCGCCAUCGGGUCAAAGGGCUGGAAGAACAGGUGUCUACUCUAAAGGAGCAGCUGCAGCAGGAGAUAAAGAGACGGCAGCCCUCUCUCCCUCCGUCAUUACUGACGAACUGAGACACACCUAGAAGAAGAUGAAUCUAAACUCCAGUCAAUCCUUACUCUAACUCUAAACACAACCUUUUGUUCAACAGUUAUUUCUGAAGUGCUUGAAUGAUGUUUAAAACUGUAACUAACAAACAAAUGAAGCACAAACACAAACAAGCGUUGCCUUAAAGCCACCAGCAAACCACUAACUACUUGUUAAACAUCUGUGACAUGUCCUGGCUGGAUGCCGUCUUAAACUUUAUGCUUUUUUACAAGAAAAACUAAAAUCAUUACAGAAAUGAUGCACUCACAAAGAAGAGAGAAAAAUGUUGAAGGUUAUUUACGACUAUUAAAGAACAGAAAAUAUGGACAUGGAAGCACCAUUAAACUAACUGCACUGUUUUAUCUCUAGGAGACAGAUUGAACUAAUCAUUUAAUGUUAGAUAGACUAGAUUUUAUAACUGAAACACUGUUUUUUUUGUUUGUUACUACAUUAGAUCUUGUUGAAAUGAGUAUAAAUUAUACAAAUACAGCUUCUCUAUGUAUCGACGAUGAGAGGCUGAAGACAAACCGCAGCAGUCACAAUCGUGUUGGAAAUAAACAUGAGACUCAGA